AUGCAUGUUGAAGAUAUAAUAAAAAGAUACACAGUAGCAUAUGCUGACAACAUAGGCAAUGUAAGAGAAAAACUUAAACAAGAAGGCAUAAGAAAGCUGAAAAUAUUCAUCUGCUCCAAAAAUGCUACUGGAGAAUGUAACCAUUGCCCCUUCAAAUCCGCACGUACGAGGGAUCUUCAUGAGGAACUGAAGCAUAACAUGGACAUGUCAGAUAAUGUAUAUUUAAAUGUAAUCCAUGUUCACCGCGAACCUGAUGUAAUACAGCAGCCUAUUAUAAAGGACCACGUCCUAUGUUAUCAGAAAGCCUUGUUCACUAUCAAUCUGCUACUGAAGAACUUGAAUGAUGCAAUAAGACAGGGAGAUGGUGAACGAUUAAUCGAAAGUUAUAAGUUGGUUCUGCUUUACUUCAAGGCAACUCGGCAUCACAAAUACGCAUACACCAUCCUGAAGUUGUUAUACCGAAUCAGAUUGGAACCGGAAAAUGCAUUCAAGUUGACCUGGGGAAGGUUCAUUAUUACACAGGGAUACAAAGGAAGAAAUAUAUCAAAUGAUCUUCACCUGGAACAUUUAAAUCAUUUUUUAAAGGAAUUACUGCGUUCAUUACGUAGCAACAUCAAUGAAAAAAAUGCUGAAAGGGUGUCGUAUACAUUACAAAAUAUGAAAGGAAUUGUUGACAACUUGGAAAGGUCACUGGAAUUGUCUGAGGUCAAGGGUCAUAGAAAGAUGCCAUCUACUAUUGAAGACGUAAAGAAGUUGGCACUUGCAUAUCAUCAGGCUAAAGUAUUUAGAGAAACACCAGGAAGAGAAUAUGAAUCGUUUCCAAAUUUUAAAGAAACAAUAUUAUGCUCAAUAGAUGCAGAUCAUCUACAUAAGUGGUUAUCACAGAAAGAACACGAAUUCAACGAACUUUAUACCUGA